AAAACUUGGCACUGAUCAGCGGUUAUACCCCCAAGAGCUGUGCAUUGUGGGACGAAGAGACAUCUGCUAGAAGCUCUCUAGCAAUAUGUCGAAGCAUUCUUCCUCCCAAACUCCUCGGAAAUUAAAAAUUGGCUCUGGAUCAGUCGUUUGCCAAGAGGCUGAAAUAAAGGGCGAGGUAACAAUCGGUUCACGGACAGUUAUCCACCCCAAAGCUCGCAUAAUAGCCGAAGCUGGGCCGAUAAUCAUCGGUGACAACAAUCUGAUCGAAGAACAAGCCACAAUACUCAACUCCUCUUACCUGGAUGACGAUGGUCAGGCUGGCGAAAAGAUAAUCAUGAAAAUAGGAAACCACAACGUGUUUGAGGUUGGCAGUCAGUGCGAGGCGGUGAAGGUCGGAGAUAAUAACAUCCUUGAAGCAAAAAGCAAGAUUGGACGUUAUACUAGUGUAUCUCAUGGGUGUGUUAUAGGAGCGAAAUGUGAAGUCACUUCACAAGAGACAUUGCCAGAGAAUACUGUGAUUUAUGGACAGUGCUGUAGCAGAAGAGUUCAAGGAGAGAGACCUGUACCGCAGACACUGCAGCUGGAUUUUCUGACCAAGAUUUUACCGAACUAUCAUCACUUGAAGAAGUCAAGUCGAUCAUAAACACAGCGGGUGUCUUUGAUUUCUUCAGGCUUGUUGUUUGGUGGUUGAAGUGAAAUGGCAAUAGAUCUAUUUAAGCUUGUGUCGCAGCUUGUGUCUUUUAUUGAACCAGAGGAUUUUUUAACAUUGCUCCUUGAGUGAGUGAUCACAAAAUGGCAUUGCAUGCCACUCUUAAAAAGACUACCUGAGAGAACCUUGUCAAGAAUUAUAAUGGGCUGAAGACAGUUGUAGAAUGUUUCCAAGUGGUCUGUACUGUGUAACAAUACAACAAGAAAUGACUGCAUACGAACAGAACUGUUUUUCCUGGAAGAUGGAUAAUUCAUUGUAUGGGAACACAAAGGCUAUGUCUACAUGUGCUUACAUCUACAAACACAAUUUUUUGCCCACCCGGCCAUGUUUAAUUAAGCACUCAAGUGUUCAAGUCAGUAGACCCUUCCUGUAUUCCACCUCAGUGUGUAUGAACAAUGGGACCAGAGCAAGGUUGGGGUGGACAUUUUCAUACAUUUUCUGUAUUUUUGGAAUGCAGGAAAAGUCGAUUGUGUAGUUCCAGAACAUAUCCAUACCUACCCCACGGAAGGGAUUUUUCAGAGACCCCUACUCCUCCGGAAAUUCAAAUUAAGCUCCACACGUCUUUAAAUUUUUUGGUCUUACAAC